AUGACAAUCGAUAACAAUUUAAUCACAGUUGUUGAAGACAAAGAAGUAGGAAGCAUACGAAAAUCAGCUGAAGCUUGCUUUGGCGUUCCAGUAUCAAGAGCCGAGAGAAUUAAAAUCGAUCCUCUUUCUGCUCGAGUGUCAUUGGACAAUGACUUUGAAAGCGGAUUUGCUGAACCCUGGUACGACAGUUCACCUAACACGGUCCAUUGGGUCGUAGAGACUUAUAGUUAUCCGACGGAAAACUAUCUUGCUCCACCUCCGGCUAAUGGUUACAAAUACCUACGGGCUGUUCGUGACGCUCGUUUGACCCCCGGCCUCCUCACGCUGCGCACGGUGACAUUCACGGCCUUUCCUGGCGAUGAGAUUUCGUUUAAUUUUUGGAUUCGUUCCAAGUACAUGGGAGGGAAUACCCUAGAGGUCGUCCAAUCCGUUGGUGGUGUCGAAACCAUUUUUCUGGUACUGUCAAGAUAUUCAACUGAAGAUAAUUUCGAUUGGCUUGGGGCCUCUAGUCCUUUGCCCAUCUCAGAACCGACUGAAAUGACGUUGGUAUUCUACGCCUUUUGCGGGGGAAAUGCUGAAGAUGCAAUCGCUAUUGAUGACAUCAUCUUUAAACCUUGUGAAGAUUGUACAACAGCAAUAUCAUCGACUUCAACAACCGAAACAACAACGGAUUUUACUGACUCCACUUCUCCAUGUAUUGGCGAACUUUGUUCCACCGAUCCAGUCUCAUCGACUACAACCACUCCGGUUACCACGACAGUUUUCACUCCUCCCACUGUUCCAUGUAUUGGUCCACUUUGUCCAACAACAACUUCAACGGAAACAACCACUCCAUCGACGACGUCUAAUAAUCCUGGAACAACUGUUUUUAAUCCCCCAACAGCCCCUUGUGUAGGCUGUUUGAAAAUUGAUCCUCUUUCCGCUCGAUCGUUUUUGAACAACAAUUUUGAAAGUGGCUCUGCGUAUCCUUGGUACGACAAUUCGUCGAACUCGCUCCAUUGGGUUGUCGAAGAUUUCAGUACUCCGACGGAAGACUAUCCGCCUCCUACUCCAAAAACUGGCACCAAAUAUUUGCGGGCCACUCGCGAUGCCCAAGCGACCCCCGGCCAACUUAUUCUGCGCACCGUGACGUUCACGGCAUUUCCCGGAGACAAAUUUUCGUUCAAUUUCUGGAUUCGAUCCAAGUAUACUGGAGGAAACUUCUUAGAGCUCGUAUUGUCUUAUGGUGGUGUUGAAACAAGUUUGGCAGAGUUGUCGGGUUAUUCCACUUCAGUGAAUUUAGAAUGGCGUCCAAUCUCUAUUCCCAUCCCGAUUUCAGAACCGGUGGAUGUGACGUUCAUAUUUUUCGCUUUCUGUGGGGGAAAUACCGAGGAUGCAAUUGCCAUUGAUGACAUUGUUGUGGGGCCUUCUGGUUCUGGAACAUCAACUUCAAUAACUUCCCCCACAACUACACCGACCACAACUACACCGACCACUACUACACCGACCACUACUACACCGACCACUACUACACCGACCACUACUACACCGACCACUACUACAACGACCACUACUACACCGACCACUACACCGACCACUACAACUACAACAACGACCACUACACCGGCUCCUGAAAUUUGCGGUGGUACUUAUAAUUCUGCUAGUGGCACCGUCACAUCACCAAACUACCCGUCUCCAUACGGUUUCGACGAGGACUGCCGGUACAAAAUCUCGAUCCCGUCUGGUAAUGGCAUCAAGUUGACGUUCACGUACUUCAAUACUGAAAACGGCUAUGACUUUGUCACGGUUUACGACGGACCCACGGCCGCCUCUGCAGUUCUAUUGCGGACGAGUGGUUACAAUGUCAACCUAUCGGUCACUACAUCAACCCGCGAUUGUUUGAUACUGCACACGUCUGAUUGGAAAAACAGUUUGGCAGGUUGGACGGCGACUUACGCGUCCGUCUGAUCCGGCAUUAACUAAUCGUUGUAUAAAUAAUAUUGACCCUUGUUCUUGUAGAGAUUAUGGACUGCAUGUGAAACAAAAGUCUAAUAGUGAACAGCAUUUACUCCAUGGCAA